UCACCGAAUGUCAAACCGGUAUAUUUUGUAUUUUGGUAGUGUUGUUUUGUUUUAAAUUUUAAGGAUUUUAAUAAAUGCAAUGUCAGGAGAUUCUUCUACUUCUGAUUCAGAAAUAAGUGCGUGCAGUUCAAAAUUUGAUCCAGUCAAAACACUUUAUUCAAGUAGAACUUUAGUGCCUGUUGAAAAUGCUCCUAUGUACAACAGUGUCGACCAAUUUGAAGCUUCUCUUCAAAGUAAAAAUACUAUUGUUCCUGUUGGGCACAGUGAAUUAGUCCGGCAACAAAAGGAAGAAAAGGAAAAAAGGCAAAAUGAAGAAGCUAGACAGUUGGCAGAAGCGAAUAGGCAGCGAUUUGCCAAAUACGAAGCUCCCACACCCAGAAGACCACCCCCGGCCAGGACCAGUAAGAACGUCCUACAUCGCAUCCAAGACAUAGACGGCCCCCUCGCCGUGCUCAAGCAGUGCGUGGACCAGAGACUCAGAGUUAAGGUGAUAACGCGAGGAGCGGCGGGACUCAGGGGAGAGCUUCAUGCCAAUCUGAUCGCCUUUGACAAGCAGUGGAACCUCGCCCUUACAGACGUACUGGAGAUCUGGCACAAGAGAGCCGUUACAAAAAGAAAGAUACCACCAGCUGUAGGUGCACCGGUCGACAAAGGUACAGCGGCGGCGAUGUAUCCUGUGCCGAAAGUGACAGAGAAACCUAUUGGUAAGGGUGUAUGGGAGUGCAGGCGACAUGUCCCGCAGCUGAUGGUGCGCGGCGAACAUAUCGUCUUGAUCAACUUGGUGCAACGAUGAAGUGACAGAUGUACAUGUCUUGUGUGAGUUAGAGAUGCUAGAUCUGAUCGUUUCGUCUACUAUUUGUUGACAUAGAACAUGAUGAUUGUGAUUUAUGUUAAGUAUCGAUACUUUGACAUUAGACCUUAAAUUAGUUAUCAAUUGUGUGUUUAAGGCAAAAACAAAUUGGAUUCAAAAAGCGAUCAUCAUUUAUUAAUUUGUAAAUCAUUAUUAUUUUCAGAUUAUAACUUUGAUUAUCAUUAGGUU